AGCACACACACAAAUCUUCGGGGCAAAGUUGACAAAUCUCAGCAAAUGCAUCAGGCCAAAACAUUAGCCUGUUAGUCGACACGGCCACCGUAAAUUGGUUGCGAUUGAGAUCUGUUUAAUUUGUCCUAAGGUUUGUAUGUGUGCUGCCUUUAUUUGUUGGGUACUAAGUAGUUGAAAUAAAUAACUUUCAACAAAAUAACAAAAUAACACUGGGAAGGUGCAUCCUACCAGAGAUUAACCAGCCUUCAUAUAUCUCGGAGAAAAUUAUACUCACUGUACUAGAUGCAGUUUUUGAAAAUACUGCAGUUACUCAAACCGGUUUGUGUUUGUCUGUCAACAACAAGAUAUUCAGCUUCCAAGAAUUCUUUGGAAUAGAGAUGCUGCAACGUUUUUGACUGAAACGGUUACAUUUCAUGAUAGACUCAAAUCUCAUUGCCAUCCAUAGGAUUAGGAUCACUGGCCCCCCUGACUGAUUUAAAGAGAGCCAAGAGGACAGAAGGCAAAUCCCUUCAAAGGGUCAAAACGAUUGAAGCGACCACUCUUCUGGAGAACGCUGUAAGACGGCAUCAUUCAGAGCAAAAGCUCUCUCCCAUUACAUCCGUUCCCAUGGCAGUCAAUAAAGGUGUGAUGGAUGUCACUUACCACAGGAGCAGAUUUUGCUACAGAAUGUCAGACUCCCUGCAAUUUUACCCCAGCAGCAGCAGCAGCAGCAGGUCUCAGGCAUCAAGCCCUCAGGCUGGUCUACACACCUGCGAACCCUGUGGGACCACCUGCCAGCAGAUGGCAGAAUCACAGGCUGAUGAGGGCAGGGGUGCCUGCUUCGCCCAGUGUGAGAGCAACACGUUCAGCAUGAGGACUGCGGCUGUGGGCAGGAGGUACAGUGAUGAUGAGAUCCUCGGUCCGGGGUCGGGAACAGCACCAGGACGAGACCCCAGCGACUCUGACCCUUUCCACUCGUACCAGCGACAGUUCAGUGACGGAGCAGUGGCGGCCGCGGGUCAUCUCCAACGGUGCUCGUCGUCCUUCAGCUGUCUGCAGGAGACACACAGCCCCGACAAUUGUCCCCACAGCUCAAGUGGCGAAGCAAUGGCGUCCUGGGACCAGUACAACUGCAGCUUUCAGAGUUCGUACACAGAACCACCGGCUGUGCCAGAAGGGCCCUCCUGCUUUCUGUCUCAAAGCUUCCCGUCCUACGGCUCAUCGCACCCUCUACAGCAGGUCUCAUCUAGACCGUACUCCAACAAUGGGCAGCCCAACAGCUCAAAGUAUUCUUUCUCCACUAAGUCACAACAGGGGAGCACCACACCCUCGCUCUUCCCCAAGCCGAUUUACUCAUACAGCAUCUUGAUCUUCAUGGCUCUGAAGAACAGUAAAACUGGAAGCCUGCCAGUCAGCGAGAUCUACAGCUUCAUGACGGAACACUUCCCCUAUUUCAAGACAGCUCCUGAUGGAUGGAAGAACUCUGUGCGCCACAAUCUCUCCCUGAACAAGUGCUUUGUGAAGGUGGAUAACAAGAAUGGGACCUCGACCCGUAAAGGCUGCCUGUGGUCCCUCAAUCCGGCCAAGGUGGAGAAAAUGCAGGAUGAGCUGCACAAGUGGCGUCGCAAGGACCCCAUCAGCGUUCGCAGGAGCAUGGCGAAGCCAGAAUGCCUUGAUCGUCUGAUGGCAGAGAGACCAGAGAAGCACAGGUCUCUGCCACUUUACCCCACUGCGGCGUUGUUAUCCAGAGUGACUCCUGCCUACAGCACCAGCUCGUCAUCCUGCACCCCGUCCCAAGUUCAACCACCCUGCCCAUCCAUCAGUCAUCCACAGUAUGCCCAUUUUCAGCCUCAGCUGCCCUGCUACCAGCCUCCCAUGGCUGCUCACCCCAGCAACUCAUUUGCCUUGUACUCACCCUGUGGUGAGCCAGCCGCCGCUGGGAGCCUGAGCUCACCUAUGGCUGGUAAGAUGCCACCUGCUUACAACCUGCAGGGUGAGUACAGUGUGGGCCCGAGGAGCAUGCAGGACUUCCUGAUGGAGGGAGACGCCGGUUAUGACAUCGAUACGCUCAACCCCAGUCUGACGGACCUACAGCUGCAGGGAAACUUAUGGGAGGAGUUAAGAAGGGACAGCCUGGUUUCGGAUCCGCAGGUCACCACCACGACACUGUCCUCCGCCUCUGCCCUCCAGGAAGUCCAGAACAGCUGUAUGCAGGUCUCGCCUCCUCUUACCGGGCGACGGAAAUCGUACGAGUAUGAGGACGAGGACGAGGACGAAAACACAGACUGUGGACCAAACGUCGAGCAGAAUGGCUGCUUGAAUGGGCUGCAGCCUGCGGUUUAUUCAGGGGUGGAGAGUUUGGCAGGUUAUCUGACCUCCUGCACCACCUCCAUCUCCUUAAUGUAAAGACGUGACUCUUUCACUUCCCCCAGAGCCAUCUGAGAUCUGUAGUAACCAGAAUGGGGAGUGUUACUGCAGGCAAAUCCAAGCCACAGUAUUAGAAUUAGCAAUCAUUCGCAUUAGCUUUGAUGCAGGAAAAAAAGGAGCUGUUGUUAAAUAUUUUGUUUGCAUAAUUCAGCACACAUUUCUUCUCCUGCAUUCUUUAACGUUUACAAGAGCUUCUGCUAUAUCUCAUGAUGAAUAAAGGAACGCUAUUAAGUUUGAUAAAAAAAAGUAAUGAUUAAUAUUGUAAUUAAAUGUUUUAUUGAAACUUAUAUUGUUACAUGUAUUUUGAAUUGAGUUUGUUAUUUACCUUUUACAAAUUGUAAUGACAAAUUUGACAUUAUGUAUAUUUGAGGGAUAAACUUCUUUGAGAUUUUUCCCACGGUCCAAAGAUAUGCACUUUAAAUUAAAGCAUAUGUGUGUGUUAUCGUCUGUCUCCAUGUGUGAGCCCUGUGAUCGGCUGGCGACUAUGAUAAAGUCCCGACUGCUUCAGCUCACCCCUCAGUCUUUCAAAUAGAAAAACAUACUUAAAUUCUUUGAUAUAUUCUGCAUCAGCACCUUAUCAGCCUAUGACCUGAAACUGAUCUACAAUUUCCUGGUUUAGUGUGCACGAGGUUUGGGAGAUGAUUUAAAUUGAAAAUGCAAAUGACUGAAUCUGCAGUUUUAUGGAGCUUUAUAGUGAGUUUCAGCUCUGCAACUGCUGUGGUUCAUUCUCCACUCCCAUGGUGUGUGAAGGCAGGUGUUUGCAUAGAAAAAGCUCUGCGGCACACUACCUUCUAGUCACCACAUAGCAGACACAAUUAGCUGAAAGAGAGUGAUGGUUGCACGUAAUGCUCCUGAUUAAUGCCAUCUUGAGAUUAUUUCUAAUGUUACUCUGUAACUUCUUCAUGUGUAAAUAUGCCAACAAGUUUUCCCAUAUCAGCUUUGAAGUUAAUUACAUGAGACGACUUGUUUACACCGAUGUCUAGUGGCCAACAAAAUUCACUUCUGAUUUGCUUUUGUAUGUUUCAACAUCUUCAAGUUCAAUAUAGUAUUAUUAUUAUUAUUAUUAUUAUUAUUAUCAUUAUUAUCAUUAUUAUUAUUGUUUUUAAAACAUUUCAGUAAGAUAACUUAUUGUAGAUUGUAGCCAUGGGCUCGGCAAAGACAAGAGCUUCAUUUGAUGAUAAAGUGUAAUAAUGUGCCAUCGUGGUGGAUGAUGACUGGUGGGUCAGUGCAGUAAGUCUGUUGUCACAGAAGAUGGCAGCAGAGACAAUCAGUGAGCUGCAGCUUGUUCCUCAUGAGGAACUGUCUUCUGAUGUAACGUCACAUCUUUUACUAUCUGUUUGCAUUUUGUGCUCUGUUCUUCACCUACAUCACACACCACCUGCAGGCUUUACAUGGCACGCUUUAUUUUAGCACUAUUUUACUGCAUUUGUUACUGCUGCUUUUGUAAAAAUGUUGUGGUUAACUGAUUCAAGAGUGUUGUUAAUAAAUAAAUCGAAAAGAUUUCC